CAAUCGUAGUUUAGACGUUUAGUCUCUUUGCGUUCUUCGACAUGAACAACUCACGCGAUUUUAAACUGAGAGAGAGGAUUGGAAGUGGUAGCUAUGGUGUUGUAUAUAAAGGAAUUUGGAUAACAAAUAAAAGUGUGAAGGUUGCUGUGAAAUGCUUGGAAAAAGGCAAUAAUAAAGAUUCGGAAACAAAUAUUCUUCGAGAAAUCCGGAAUCUACAAGAACUCAAGCAUGAAAAUAUUGUCACAUUCCAUGGCUCCUAUCGCCAAAAAAACAUAUGCCUCAUUUUCGAAUACUCAGACUGCGGAUCACUCUAUGAUUACUUGCAAAAAAAGAUCGGAAAAGUUUCAAAUAUCGAAAAGCUUCACUGGAUGUUGCAAUGUGCCAAUGGCAUGGAAUAUUUGCACAGUAAAAAAACAGUGCAUCGCGAUCUAAAAACACAAAACCUGUUACUUUUCAAUAAUUAUCGCACAUUGAAAAUAUGCGAUUUUGGUACUGUAAAACAAUAUGCAACAGAAAAUACUGAACUUAUUGGGACAAUUGGUUAUAUGGCUCCAGAAGUUUGUACUUCAGAUGGUAAAUAUACGGAAAAGUGUGAUGUGUUUAGCUAUGGGAUCACUUUCUGGGAAGUUUUCGCUGAAAAGAAGCCAUUUAAUGACUUGCAAAAACAAAAUAUGCACCCUUUGGCCAUCCAAAAUAGAAUUAUUAAUGGUGCUCGUCCAAAUAUAAAUGACAUGCAAAUUUGUAAAGAUUCUAAUCUUAUAAAGGCAAUAAUUGAAAAGUGUUGGGAUCGAGAUCCAGAAAGACGACCGACUAUGAAAGGUCUUAUCACUUUUCUAGGAAUUGAUUUAAGGCUUUACACACCAAUAAACUUCGAAGAUAUAGAGAUUACAGAAUGUUUUGUGAUUGGUAGAUAUGGUCUCGGCUGUAAAGCAUAUUGGCGAACUGGAUUUUUAAACCAAAAAGUGGAUGUCAAAAUUAUUCGAAGCAAUUCCCAAAAGGAAAUUAAUAUUCUAAGAGAAAUCUAUAAACUCAAAGCCUUAGCACAUCAAAAUAUUGUCACGUUAUAUGGAGCAUCUAGGAAUCCAGAAGAUCAACUUUAUAUGAUUUUUGAAUAUGCAAAAUGUGGAUCGCUCAACAAUUUUUUGCAUUUGGCUAAAGUGAAAUUUCCUCUCCAUUGUAAGAUGAAAUGGACGGAGCACUGCCUCCAAGGUUUGGAUUACUUACACAACAAAAAUAUUGUGCAUGGGGAUCUUACCACUAAUAACCUGUUUCUUUUCGAUGACUGUCGUAAAUUGAAGAUAUUCCUUUUUGGACAAGUGAAUGAAAUAACUAAUAACCCAACAGAUAAUACACAAUUCACGGAGUCAUUUUAUUAUAUGGCUCCAGAAGUUCUUUACGGAGAAACGACAUUCACAAAAGAGUCUGAUGUUUAUAGUUUCGGCAUUAUUAUGUGGGAAAUACUGACUGAAGUGAAUCCAGUUGCCAAAUUUAAUGACAAUCAACCUUCAACAAUCCACGAAAUUAUUGAUGAUACUCAAUCCAAUGAAAACUCAGAUUAUUCUAAUAGACAUUUUACUAAAGUUAAAUCAACAAUUAAACGUUGCUGCAGUAAAAGUCCGAAAGAUCGUCCAUUGAUUAAAAAUCUUUGCAGUAAUUGGUUUAUAGAUGGACCCGAAUUUCAAAAUCCAAGUCGUAUAAAUUGCUGCAUAACUUAGUAAAAAAAAAAAUAUAUAUCAGCAAAUUAAUUAAAAAUU